AAUAAUAAUAAUAGCAGCAGCAGCAGGAGUAGAGCCAAACUCGAACAAAAGCAAUAACAAAAUGGAGCAAGAAGCUACAGCGUCAACAACUUCUCGCAUAACCUCCUCAUCUCCACCAUGCAAAACACCAAACCCUAAUUAAAUUCUUUUUACUUGCUUUGCCUACCGCAUUAAUUUUUCUACAUUUUCUCUCUCUGCUUCUAUCUGCUCUUCUACUCUUUCCUGAUCUCUUCCGGUGCGAUUGGAUCUGAGUGAGUUAUUUUACCAAUCCCACUUGGUUCCUUCAAUCCGGAAGAGAAAUUCCCAAUUGUUAGUUUUUUGUUUUUAAGAUCCGUACAAUAAUUUUGUUUCUAUAUUUUUUCCGCUUGUUCUCGUCGAUUGAAGAAGUAUUUAGGGUUUGUAACCUGAAUUUGGAGAAUUUUUUGAGCAAUUUAGGUGUUCUUGGCGAUAAAAUCAGUUAGGGGGUUGUGUUUUGACUUUUGAUUUCAUCGCUAGAUUAGGGGUUUGUUCUCUUUUGGUUUAGUAUUCUUUGAUUGAAGUAGGAUUGAGAGUCUGCUGGGGUGAUAGAAGGAGGAAUUGCGACCAGCCAAUGCCAUAUUUUUUGGAUUGGUGUUCGACGAAUUUUUCGGUGAUUUUUGCAAUACCGAAAAAGUUUAUAGCUUGAGCUUUUCGAUGUCUUGGGCAGGCCCGGAAGAUAUCUACCUUUCUACUUCUCUUGCUAGCUAUCUUGAUAAGAAGCUACUUGUGCUUCUGCGGGAUGGCCGGAAGCUCCUGGGAAUACUUCGUUCUUUUGACCAAUUUGCGAACGCUGUACUUGAGGGUGCAUGUGAAAGAGUUAUUGUUGGUGAUCUCUAUUGCGACAUUCCUUUAGGUCUAUACGUUAUUCGAGGCGAGAAUGUCGUUUUGAUUGGAGAGCUGAAUUUGGAGAGGGAGGAACUUCCGUCACAUAUGACUCGUGUUUCAGCUGCUGAAAUUAGAAGGGCACAGAAAGCUGAAAGGGAGGCUACAGAUCUAAAAGGCACAAUGAGGAAGAGAAUGGAGUUCCUUGAUUUGGAUUAGUGCAUCCCUGCAACUAGGCUAUAUGGUCCGCACAUAUUUUAGCGGUCAGUUGGUUUAGGGAUUUGAUGGCCUUCCAUUUCCUCUAAAAUUUCUGUAACAUUUUUCAAAGAAAUGUAUUUGAUAAAUUGAAUUAGAGCUUGAUUCUGUGAAAUUUCUAUUCAAGUUUAGCUUUUGGCAGAUUUAUUUGAUUUCUAAGCUGUAAUGGCUCUGUAUGCGCAAUCAAGAAAAAUUAGAAUAGCUGCUUCCACA